AUGCCGAUCCCUCCUCUCGACGAAUGGAUCGUGGGCCGCACCCACUCCCUACCCCUCUCCGCUUUGAAAGAUACUGUUCUCGGUAUCGAUGCGUCGCACUACAUCAACCAACACCUCUUGAACCAGUCAACCCGCGAGGCGCUUCUAGGCGCGCUAGGUGGCUUCCCCUUCGCCUUGAGGGCUAAUAUUGAGAAAGAACUACAGAUUUUCAAAAAUCUUGGUGUUGGUUGCAUUUUUGUCUUUAAUGGUUUGGAAUUUGGCAAGAGAGAGCAGCGCGCGCAUCCCGAAACGCAGCGUUCCUUCGAAGCAGCUUGGGAGCUCUAUGACCAGCAACAGGCAGAUCGGGUUGUCGAUGCCUUCAGCAAUGCCGGAACCCCACCCCCAGAGACACUUUUCAAGUUUCUGCAACGCAUUUUGUCCCAGAAUGGCGUCGAUUUUUUCGUAGCACCUUACAGCGCGGCGGCCCAGCUUUCUUACCUUGCUCGCGGCUCUAACCCUGUUGUUGAUGCUGUUUAUGCUCCCUCCGAAGCUCUUUUGUUCGACCUUGAUAAGCUUGUAACCCGGGUUGACACCGAGCCCGCACAAUUCUUCUGGAUCACUAAACAAACUUGCCAGGAGGAGCUUGGUCGACUUUCAAAUGAACAAUUCCUCGACUUUUGCUUACUAUUGGGGUCACCAUUCCUGAGACAUUGCCCACUUUUUGAAAACCCUGGUUUCCCCGCAAGACCUCCUGCCGUUCGUGAUGCGUUGCCGAUGUUCAACGCGGCUGGACGAAGUGCCUUGACUCUGUGCGCUCAGUUCGAUGAUGAUCGCCGGAUGCAGGAGCUUCAGUACGCAGAUUCGUACAAGAGAGCCUUUAUGGUUGUGAAGCACCAUGUGUACAUGGAUGUGGACGGUCGAGUGGCCCUCAAGGAUGCAGAGAAUGCCUCGUCUGACAUGCAUGAGCUUAUCGGACAACGACUCCCCGAGGAGCUUUAUUUUUAUCUAUCCAAGGGAAUCAUCGGACCCGAUGUACCCAACUUCCUCACAUCUGGCCAAGUUCGUGUUGCACUACCACUGGGCACCGAAGAUACCGAGAUCUACCGUCAGCUCGUGGGUGACAUUUUGACUCCCGUUCGAACUCAGUCUAUCUGCCUGUUGGCAAACUCGCUUCAUCGAUUCUACCAAACCAAAGUGAUCCAGAUUCGCCCGUGGUUCGACGAGGACUCAGAGCGAUCAAUUAACCUCAAGGGCAUCCCAUCAGUAAAGGAAACCAUCCAGUCGUGGAAAAUUCACGGGGACAAAUUCCCCGAAGCUAUCAAGAACAUCCAGGCGCCCCGUGGAUCCUUCAAAUUUGCGGUACAGAGUUUGAGUGACUCUGAUUUUGCUGCCAAGUCGUUUGCUAAUAAAGACACACCAGUGCUUUCCUCCCAAGAGGACAUCUUAUCUAAUGUUAUGUGGCGAUUCAUGCAACUUCGCGGAUAUGUUGACGACAAGCACAAGCUCACUUCGUGGGGACAAUGCUUGCUUCAGGCAUUGUCAGCUGUGGACCCCGCAGAAAACCUCGAAGAGGUCAUAUUCAUUGCCAUUGAGAUGCUCCGUUUGGAUCUCCUCAACACCAAGCGCUGGUUUUCACAUGUAUCUGGCGGUCCUAUGAGAGGAUCAGAAGAUGACAAGACUUUCAACAUGCUGGUCUCGCGUGUUGCAUGCAUCGGUAAAUUGCAACACAAGAGCAUUGGAUACUCUGGCCCUCUGAGCCGUCAACUUCUUUGCUAUCGCUCUUUGAUUUCCGAGGUCCGCUCUGCACUGAGGAACUUGGUUGAGGUUGUUCUAGCCAGUUUGCUUCUCAGCGGCGAUGCUGAUCGGGAGCGUCAAGACUGGACCCAGUUGGCUUUCAAGAUUCCCUUUAUUGACGAUAAUGACUGUGGACUGGGGAUUGCGGUCCGUACCUACCUUGACGAUCUUCCACUCCAGGCAAACCCUACGUCGCCUGAGGCGCGAGCGGAUGUGAAGGCCAAGGGUAAGGAUUGGUUCCAGCACAGCGAGAGCUUCACUGGAAACUUGGAUCUGGCAUUCAAGCUGUGGGAUGCUGUGUAUGCAGGCACGCAGAAUGCGGGCAGGGAGUUCAAGGAAGCUAAGUUCUGGGAUGACGCAAACAAAUGGCUGUCUGAAAGACGAUGA